GCUCACGCUAUUCGCGGGGCUUUUUAGUUUUUCAUGAUAGGUAAAUUUCCUCUUUUAUUGGAUGUAGUUCAUUCUAUGGCGCUGGAUACACAAAGCGAGAAUGGAAUUUAUCGCUACCAGUGGAUGGUAUUCGAAUUGGGAAUUGAGUGAUAAUUACUGCAAAACGGCCCUAAGAGGGAAUGAUGGACUGCGUUGCUUACGAGGCCACCUUAGACAGCAGCUUCCAAAAAGAUCGCUUGGAACUUGUUAACAAAGGCUCUUUGGGGCGUAGGAGAAAACCAUCCAGAGCCAAUCUCAAACUCCUACUCUCCCCUUCUUCCAAAAUUCAAGAUCCAGACCAAUUUUCACCCUUGUCUCAAAAGUCUUCGUCGCCGAAAAACCCAGCAAAAAAAAUUAUCGCCAACGGUGACGUGAGUUGGAGGAAAGCAGUUACACAAAGCAAUCAAAGAUCUUUACGAAACGAGCCCGGCUUACCUCGAACUCCUCCGGAACCUGGUCAACCUCGCACACCUCCAGAAUCUAAACUCGCCUCUGAAGCGCAGCAAUUUUCCAUCCAGGCCAAACUGAAACGAAAAAACUCUGACCUCGGAAGGAGCGCAGUCCUCAUUCAAACUUGGGAGCGAAGAACCCACAGCGAAUCCUUUUCUAAAAAGCAACAAAGUCCUGUCCACAGGAAUCGAUUUCUGGAGAAAGAAAACGUGGCCACAAUUCCUCCUGCCAUGCCAGAAUCCUAUAUAUGUCCCAAGUAUAUAGGCAGCCUGCAAAAUGGCGAUUCCAAGAGGGAUGGUGGACUGGUCCGCUCCGUUCGAGGUACUUUUCGAGAUGAAAAGUCAUUUCAGACGGCGCAGCAAAAUGGCUCCAAAUGCCCAAAUGGAAAAAAGAACGGAAUUACGAAGCAAGAACCGGAGUGGAUUAGUCUCAGCCGAAAACUUUGUGCCAAGUUCGUUGAAGGCCACAUAGAAUCCCAUUCUACCAAUUCCUGUGAUCACCAGGAAUUGAAUGGAGUGGAAGAGUGUGGAAUUACUACUCCUGAGACCAAUGGCAUUCGGAGGAAAGAGCCGCUGCAAUACUUUAAUGAAGAAAAGAAAAAGAAAACUGUAGAGAUGCCCUCUGUUGAAAACUCCCCUAGCAAUGAGCCUCCCUGGGUACCUCUGAGUAGAAAACUGUGCACCAAGUUCAUCGAGGAGCACAUAGAAUACCCUGCAUCAGUCUGCAAUCACUCGGAGAAGCCGACGGAUGUUCUAGAACCUAAUGGAGAUGUGAGGAUCAUCGAAAAGAUUGGAAAUCCCAAAUCCAGUAAAAAGAAGGCGAAAAAGGAUUCUGAGCCGGAAUGGAUCAGCCUCAGUCGGAAACUCAGAGCUAAAUUCAUCGAAUCGCAUAUUGACGAUCCAGACACCAUUGCACUGGACAACCAAUUAAAUGCUUCGGAUCCGGAGGAGACUAGUUCCGAAUCUUUAUCUGAUACUUCUCAAGAAAUAAACAUACAGAAGAUAGAAUGCCAACUCACGAACAAUUCAAGAAAUCGUGGUUCUUUUGGAAAAGAAUUGCAAAAAGAUUUUAGAUGCAUACCUUCAAUUCCACGCCCUUCAAGAGGAAAAAAUGAACCCUUUUUUCCUGAAAAAGAGUGUUGCUGGGAAUAUCAAGAAAUGGAGUUUGAUCAAGAAUCGAAUUCUGGUACUUUUCAGGAUGUGGAAUUCUUCGGAGAUGAGACUCGUAACGGCCAUCAUGCGUCAGAAGCUACAAAAACUGAUACAGAACCACAGCAGAAAAAAGAUUUUCAAAAUUUUGAAGCACCUGACAGCAGUUUUAAAAAUCGAAUUUCCUUCGCUGACUUAGAAAAAUCGAAGUCUCUUAAAAAAACUGGAUACGAAAGUAAUGACGUUCUCUUCCUGCCCCGCUCUACAGAAAAAGACAAUAUUUCAACUAACAGCCAAGAGAAAAAAAUUAUCACUGUGCAAUUUAUAGCUCAUCCAGAGUCAGUUCAACGGAAGAAAGAGGAUAUUACAAAGAGGACUGAGCCUCAUAAUGAAACUCACAGCCCAUUUUUUAACUUAACGACGUGGGAAGAAGCUCACUAUGUUUCGGACCACGAGCAAGCUGCUACCAAUCAAAACUCUAGUUUAGAGAAUAGCUUUAAAAAAGACUUUCGGUCUAAAUCUUUGGAUGAUCUCUGCGAUUCGAAAGAAGAAGUAUUCGUUGCGGAAGACAGGGAAAGUGACGCAGUUGAAAAAGCGGAUUCAAAUCAAUUUUGCACUUCAGGUUUUAAAAUAAAGUUGCUCUGCAAAUCUGAAGAAUUCCUUAACAAGGAUCUUCAUUCCAUCCCAAAUGCUGUAUCGAAUAAUGACAAUGAAGCGGACGAUUUUACAAGUAACUGGACUACGAAGCAUGAAAAUUUACCAAAUGGGGAUAUUCAAAGUGAUAUAGAUAACCGAGGUUCAAAACUUGAAUCAGAGAUUCGUCUUGAUUCUGAUGAACCGAAGACUUCAAACAUUAAGUUAGAUAACGAAAGUAAGCAGUUAAAUGUUAAAAAGUCAGAAGUGAGUCAAACGGAACUUGAAAGCUUUAAGUGCGAUUCGAAACCCAAAUGCAAUGGAGUUAUCCCAAAUACAAGGAAUCAUAAUUCUAAAACUGAAACUUUGAAAUUAAACAAUGGUUUAGAUAUUAAUGCUUCAGAAUUACAAAGACCUGGCAUGAGCAAAUGGGUGAAUUUCACAAAAGCAAAAAAUGCUUCAAAGAAUGAGUAUGCCAAUAUUGAUGGUCAAAAGUCGACGAAACCAAAUGGCGAUGUGAGGCAUAAACAGAAACAUAAAGCAACAGAAAACGAGAGCUCUUCUAAAAGUUACGGUAAAAUUGCUUCGAAGAAAGAACACGAAAACCAAUCCACAAUCAAAGAAAGUUUUUCAAUUGACGAUAAAACUGAAUCAAUUUCAUACGAUCAAGAUGAAAUAAAUGGCAUUGAAGAUAAUAACAUGAAUUACGAGCAAGAAAAAAUUAAAAGAAGACAUAAAUCGAAAAGUCUUUGUGACCUUUCAUAUAAUAGUAAUGCUUUCGUAGCAAAGUCAAGUGAUUCCGAUGCUUAUAUAGACUCGAAGCGGCGAUCAAUAGCAGAUAUACCAACUGUCGUUGUCCGAGAUUCAGCUUCACCAAGGGUUGAGUUCCAAGACUUUUCAGAGGAGUCUGAAAUCCCUUUAUGUGCUAAACUAGUUUCUAAGCAAAACAGGAAAAAUAUUUCGAGUCAUAAGACGCCUUCCGUAUCUUCAUGUUCAGUAAGAAACGAAAGCCCGUGUUCUGAAUCUUCUCAUGUCUAUGAAGACAUGUUCAAAGAAACAUCCUGUCCUUCCGAUUCGGAAGCAUCAAGCUGGUCUGUGAUGAAGAAGAACAGCUAUUAUGUAAAUGGCCGAUCGUCCUCAAUGAAUGAUUUAGAUUUAUCCGAUUCGUGCUCCUUGUCCAUAAAGUGCGACUAUGCAUCGAGUUGCUCAGGUCAGAGUACAUUGCAAAGUCGCCAAUCCAGCUGCGGAAGUUCCAGCUUUUACGUGAACUUACGAGACUAUGACUCGCACAUGUUAGAACCUAGUCUGAUACGCCGAAGAAAAGAAAGAAGUAAAUUGCAAAGUAACGGCAAAGCAAUUAAAAUAACAAAGAGCAACCCUCCAACGCCGGAAUCUUUAAGACAUUUGUUCACUUCCCCCUUGAGUUCAGUACAUACCCCAACUAAUGGAACGUCAAGACUCUUGAGCAGGUUACCACCAGAUUCGCAAUCUCAUUAUUAUUCAACAGCUUCUACAACAAGUUCUGCUUUCAAAAACGGAUUCGAUCUGACGCCACCUAAACCGAAGAAAACGGAAAGAAGUUCUUCGAUUAAGAUUAAAGACAUUGCGCAUGGAAUCAUUCUUACGUUCCGUCGAUUGCAGAACCAUUCCAAAAAUUCUCAUGUGUCCCCGACGCAUUACGUCGAUGUUAGCCACUUGGCUGAGCAUGGUUCGAAGACGAAUGUGAACGCGGAUUUUGAGAAAUUAAAAUCAAAGAAAAGCCAGAAAGAAUUUAUCAAGAAUCAGGAUCUAGAAAGGAAUCAGGUUUUUGAAAAUGGAAGAACGGGCAGUGAUUCCAGCCACAAUUUGCCGGAUGUGAAUAGAGCAAAAGCCCGCAGGUCUUCCAGUGAUUCAACUGGUAUGAAGUCCAAAUUUGACAUGUUGAAUACUGACAAGAAAAAGAGUAAAAAUGGGAAAUUAAAGUUAAGAGACAAAGGAAAAAAGAGCAGAAGUAAAACGACAGAAACCCGAAACAUUCCGACAGUCAGCCGAAAAGUUCAACAGAUGGCCGAUGGAACGCUGUACCUCGUGACAACAGUGUCUGGUGACACGGCCCUUCCCGGGGUCUAUUCCGAUUCGCCUGACACAUCCAGUGAGCUCAGCACCCACAGACCGGUGAAAAUAUCUGGCGAAUCGAACUGCUGACCGGCAUGAAAAGACUUGGAAAAAAACUUUUGUAAUAUAGUAUUUACUACAGUGAUCAUGUUGAAAUAUGAUACUGGUUGUACAAAGAAAAAUUUACAUCAUGCAUGUUUAUGUUUUUGACAGAUAUUUCUGUAAACUAAUCUGUUUCGCCAGAAUCAGGUAUGCUGAUGCGCUUGGCAAUUUUGGCGAUGUCAAAAUGACACAAUUUUGUAUGUGCAAUCUUUUGCUUUCGUCUACCACAAUCGACUAAUACUGAAGGCUUCUUUCUGCUACUGACACAUUUGAUAAACAAGUUUUAAAGUUUCGUCUUUUGUCAAUGUGUUGAAAAUUCCGACAAUGGAAGCUUCGUUGAAGCAAAAACGGCGCUAUUUUUGAAACAGAUUCUUACGAAAAAACUCCAAAUUAUACUGCAGAAAAUUUCGAUUUGUGUUUUGUUUACUGUUUCAAAGACUACAGAUUAUCGUGUUUCAAACAAUGAGUUCUGUAUGUUUUGAAUAUGGUUACGUUUAAUAAUAUUAGAGUUUUGCAAACCAAUUAUUUUUAAAUUUAUGACCAAAAACAUAUAAACGAUCAUAUUCUUGUAAUUUUGCGCAUAAACUUUAUCAGUCACACAUAAAUAAUGAUAUGUCCCUGCAAAAAAUACGAACACUAUAAUAUUAUCAUUUUAUGAAUCAAUAAGUUCUGUAAAUACGAAUGUAUUACGAACAUCUUUAUUACCAUAACUUCUAAGUAAGAGAACAUUUUGCAUUUUGUACGUAGAAGUAUUUUAUACUUUAUUUUGGAUUCUAAUGAAUCAAAUA